GAGAGACCACGUGCGUGACGUAAUGUAUCCGGAUCUCCAAGAUUUAUUCAGCAGCGAACGUCACCCAUUCAAUACUCAUCCUCAUCCAUCAAUUCGACAUACACCGAGCAAAGUAGUAAACGAACUCGGUCAAGAUGGUUUUCCGCUUUCCCAAAGUCUUCGAUCCAAUAACCCUCUUCCACAACCCGAAGCUGGCCCCCUCAACCCGCGUCCUCACCCUCCUCAAGCAAGCCUCCGUAACCGCCUCGGAAACAGCAACAGAAGACCAAGCAAGCGACUACUCCUCCCAGAUCGCGAAGCAGCGCGGCGAAUUCGAUCUUCAGAUCUCCACUGCCCCGCCCACCACGGAUCAAUUGAGGAGUAUCCUUGAGUUCAUCUCGCCCGGUGGUGUUGGGGGUACGACGCCUAUUGCUGCUGCUGGGGGGAACGUGAAGAGGUUGGUUUAUAAGCCUAGUGAUUUGGUUGUGGGGGCGAAGGAUGCAGAGGAUGCCAUUAGGAGGUUUAAGGAGGAUCAGAGUCGGUUUGUGAGGCCGGUUACUGUUGAUUGGACUGGUGGUAGGGCUAUUAUUGGGGAUAAUGAGUCGGAGAUUUUGAAUAUGGUUCGUCUUGCUUGGCCGGCGGAGUAAAUCCUGGUUAUUCAUGGUGUCCAAAGGACUUGCAUGUCUAUUGUCAUGAGUGAAUAGACAGUUGUGCUACCCGUUUAAGUAAAUAGGUAUUGAGGAUAUGAACAGUGCUCUGAAUGUGAUUUGGUCUAUUUAACGAAUGUCGUGUUGUUU